ACAUUUUGUUGCCUGGCAGAAACUACUUGUUUUGCUCUUUGCGUCACUGACCAUAGAGAUCUCUUUUCUCCCCCACCCUCGCCUCUUCCUGUGUCAAUGUAUUAAUAGCAACUGCUGUAAGAGGCUAGAAUGUGAGGACAGGAGCAUUUGUGCGGCUGCGCAGGCCUGGGAACCCCCUGUACAUUUUUGUGUGAUGAGCUGUACAGCGCUUUUUGCUACCUUGCUGAUGCGACUACUGCUGACCAGAACCAUGGCCUGGACUUCGACUGGGAAGACACAUGUGGAACUGAUCAACAAUCUUUACAAAAAUGGUGUGAUUAAGUCUCAGCAAGUCUUUGAUGUAUUAUUGGCCACAGAUCGAGCACACUACAUCAAGUAUUUUCCAUAUAUGGACUCUCCUCAGUCCAUUGGGUACAAGGCUACAAUCAGUGCACCUCACAUGCAUGCUCAUGCUCUUGAGUUAUUGAAGGAUCAGUUAGUGGAAGGAGCAAAAGCACUGGAUGUGGGGUCAGGAAGUGGAUAUCUCACAGCAUGCUUUGCUAGGAUGAUGGGUCCCACGGGAAAGGCAGUGGGAAUUGAACACAUUGAGCAACUGGUUCAUGAAUCCAUGAGAAAUGUCAGAGAGGAUGACCCAACUUUGCUUAGCUCCGGACGUGUGAAACUUCUAGUUGGAGAUGGCAGGAAAGGGUACCCUGAAGAAGCCCCUUAUGAUGCCAUCCAUGUUGGAGCAGCUGCACCCACCGUGCCAAGGGAGUUGCUGAAUGAAUUAAAACCUGGAGGACGACUAAUUUUGCCAGUAGGGCCUGAGGGUGGAAACCAGGUUAUGAUGCAGUAUGACAAAACUAAAAAUGGACAAAUAAUGGAGAAGCAACUGAUGAAUGUAAUAUAUGUUCCUCUGACAGAUAAGGAGAAACAGUGGCCUCGGGAUGAAAUUUAAAAGAUUUAAAUUAUUUGUAAAGGAUCUCUUGGAAAGCCUAUGAACUGUGUUUGGAACAGGCAUUUCUAUGCUUCAUAUACAAAUAGAUAAAAUGAACCUCUUGAUACUAUCCCAAAUACAAUUUUGGGUUAUGAGGAGAGAAACCUUAACAACUGACAACAGUAUCUUUAACCCCACGAAUUCUUGGAGCUGUGACAAAACAUUUAAGUAAGUUAAAGAAUAGUAGUUAACAUUGGUCCAGCUGUCCUUUUUUGUAGAUUAUAAAAAUCCUGUAUGUAGAUGUAGAAGGAAAGAUGCAUGCACACCCAUUUUAAAUUAAUAUAUUUUAAAUGCACCUUCUUUGUUUAGGUGCUACUUGAAAAAUGUUCGCCUGUGAUCAUCUACUACUGCAAAUACAUGGAUUUGUAAUAGCUAAGUUAAUAAAACAUUAGACCU